AUGUCUGAAGACGUGACCUAUGCAACACUCACAUUUCAAAAUUCUGCUGAAGCAGGGAAGAAUAGGAAUAGAAAUAAUGUCAGAAAAAGAGGGUAUCCAGCUCCAUCUCCCAUAUGGCGUCAGGCUGCCCUGAGUCUGAUAACUCUCUGCCUAUUGCUGUUGAUUGGUCUGGUGACCUUGGGGAUUAUGUAUUUGCAGACAUCUAAUGAAAUUAACUCAGAUUCAGAGAAAGUGAGUCCACUUCAGAAAACAGUCCAUCAACAGCUGGAUAACUCAUCCCAGCAGCUGGGCAGCUACAAGAUCUUUCCCAUGGAGGACGAUUUUCUCAAAUCACAGAUCUCCAGUCUAUUGAAGAAGCAGGAACAAAUGGCCAUCAAACUGUGCCAGGAGCUUAUCAUUCACAGUUCAGACCACAAAUGUAAUCCUUGUCCUAAGAUGUGGCAAUGGCACCAAAACAGCUGCUAUUAUUUUACAACUAAUGAAGAGAAAACCUGGACUGACAGUCAACAGGACUGCAUGAACAAGAACUCUACCCUGCUAAAGAUAGACAGCAUGGAAGAAAAAGAUUUUCUAAAUUCACAACCAUUACCCAAGUUUUCUUUCUUCUGGCUGGGAUUAUCAUGGGAUCCAUUUGGCAGAAACUGGUUAUGGGAGGAUGGCUCUACUCCUUCUGCUUACUUAUUUAGUACUAAAGAACUUACUCGGAUCAACGGGUCCAAAGGAUGCGCUUACUUUCAAAAAGGACAUAUUUAUGUUUCCCGAUGUAGUGCUGAAAUUUCAUGGAUUUGUGAGAAGACAGCUGCAUUGGUAAAGAUUGAAGAUUUGAGUUAA